AUGAAGUGGUUGGUUUUCCAGCUGGUGACACUCUACUGCCUGGUCAUCAUGCCAGUGACAGGAAAUAUGAAAGAAAAAACUAAGAAAAUAACUCGUCGUCCAAAUUUCAUUUUAGUAAAACCGAAAGGGCGAGAUUGCUCGAGGUCACCUACCAACUACGAGUGCCAAAGAAAGUGCCAAUAUUCCUGGGAUUGUGUUGCUGGCUAUGAAUGCUGCUUUGCUGCCUGUGGAAGUAUUUGCUUGAAUAUCCGACAAAUUGAGACCCAUAAGGACACUACACCCAGAACCGAGGCUGUAACUACUUUGUAUCCCCCAACCACCAUUUGGAAUUAG